AUGUUACUCGAUGCGGGCGCUGAGGUCAACGCGCAGGGUGGAGAGUACGGCAACGCACUACAGGCAGCCUUAUAUAAAGGCCACGAGCAGGUAGUUAAGAUGUUACUCGAUGCGGGCGCUGAGGUUAACGCGCAGGGUGGAGAGUAUGGCAACGCGCUGCAGGCAGCGUCGUACAGUGCCCAAGAGAAGAUAGUCAAGAUGUUACUCGAUGCAGGUGCUAAUAUCAACGCGCAAGGCGGAGAGUACGGCAACGCACUACCGGCAGCAUCAUACAGUGGCCACGAGCAGAUAGUCAAGAUGCUACUCGAUGCAGGCGCU